AUGGAUUCUAGCUCAAAGACGGUAGUGCUCAUCACUGGAGCCAAUACUGGUCUAGGCUUGGAGACGGCAAAGUCGUUGUUUGCACGACCAGAGUCUUACCAUGUUCUGAUUGGAUGUCGAGGGGAUCUUGAGCGCGCCAAAACUGCCAUCUUCGAGUUAAGAGAGUCCUCACCCGCGAGCACAUCGUUGGCGGAUGCGCUGUCGAUCGACAUCACAUCUGACGAAUCUAUCGCCUCUGCUUUCCAGCAAGUUCAGGAGAAAUAUGGCCACAUUGAUGUUUUAGUUAAUAAUGCUGGCGCCGACCUCGAAUCCGCUGUCGCUGCUGGCCAAAUGACCCCUCGUGAGUGCUGGAACGAGAUGUACAAUGUCAACGUAACUGGCACGCAUCUCUUUACUUCAGCGUUUGCUCCAUUGCUUCUGGCUUCCAAAGCCUCGACCCCGCGCAUGCUGUUCAUCACCAGUGGUCUCUCGUCCCUGACAGAACUCGCGAACGGCGAAAGCCCGCGCUACACGAACCCCCCGGCAGGCUGGCCAAAGCCCAUCGUGCCGUUCUUCCCAUACAGAGUGAGCAAGAGUGGCAUGAAUAUGGUGGCGACAGAAUGGGCACGUCUACUCCGCAAGGACGGCGUCUGUGUAUUUCUCAUCUCACCCGGUUUGCUAAACACAGGGCUUGGCAGCAACCGAAAGACGGGCCAAGGGCCCAACUUGGGUGCUUUGGGGGCUAUUGAUCCGGCUAUAGGUGCCGGAUUCUGUGCCGAUGUCAUUGAAGGGAAGCGUGACGGGCAGGCCUGGCCUACGAACGUGCUUAGGAAAGACGCCGUGCAGCAGUGGUAG